UCCUCACUCUCUCACUCAGCCUCUCUGCCUGGCAGCCUCUCUGCAUCUCUGCCCUCUCACGCGGCCACGGCCCACGCCGUUGCACUGUGCACAUCUCGCCGUCGCCCCCUUAGCCAGAUUCCCCUCCCUCUUGCCGUCGGCCCCUCAGAAACACAGACCCGCUCUCUCGCCGUUGCACCUCCCCUCACGGCCUCACCUCUCGAGCCGUUCACGUCGCACACACAUCCCCUCGGCCCCUUUCUCAACGCUGCGCUGCCCUCUCUGUCUCUCACCGUCUCACGCAGCCCUCCCAUCUCUCACGCAGCCGGCAGCCCCUCUCUCACGUCUUUCUGUCUUCGACGAUAAUUUGAGGUCAUGGUGGGCUGGCAGAGACAAAUACAAUUUGUACUUCGUCGCUUUGGGAAAAGAGUGGAAUAUAAUUACAAUGCAUCUGCCAACUUUUCUUCGGUUCGCUUGGAAUCCUCCACUUUUACAAGUGAGUUACCUUAUUUGCAGAGACUAUGGAGACCACCUUCUGCAAACAUCUCAAGGCCUUUGUAUCAAUAUUUUCAACAAUUGGGAAUUUCUAGUUCAAGGAAGUUACUAGCAGAUUUGUCUGAAGAAUCAGCCAUCCCAUCUCCAUUGACUCCUGUGUUGGCAUUAAACAGUGGAAAAAGUGAUGACCAGAACCUGAAAGCAGUCUCUAAACCUUCUAGGGUUCAAGCUGUCUUAAAGGGCAUUAAACAGAGUCCAAAGAAGAUCAACUUGGUUGCUGCUUUAGUUCGUGGCAUGCGAGUUGAAGAUGCAUUGUUGCAGUUGCAAGUGACAGUAAAGCGAGCUGCAAAGACUGUAUAUCAGGUUAUUCACUCAGCCCGAGCAAACGCAACACAUAACCAUGGGCUGGAUCCAGAUCGUCUCCUCAUUGCUGAGUCAUUUGUUGGGAAAGGAUUAUUUAAAAAGAGGGUUUCCUACCAUGCUAAAGGAAAAUGUGGAAUCAAGGUGAGACCCGAGUGCCGACUGACAGUAGUAGUAAGGGAGAUGACCGCUGAAGAGGAGGCUGAGAUAGCCAGACUGAGAGUCCACAAUUUCCGCAAGCUCACUAAGCGAGAAAGGCGGCUUGUACCUCAUAAGCUUAUUGAGACAACUCCAAUCUGGAAUCGCAAGGGCAAAGCUCGUGAACCAAGUGGCGUGGCUGCAUGAGCCAGCUUCACUCCCAUGUUUCAGAAUCUUACAGAGAGUUUUGUAGAAGUGUGGAGAGAUCUCUUCCAAUACCUGCAUUCGAAUAGAAAUCAUCUUGUAGAAAUGGAGGAGCAACCUUGUUUCAAUCUCAAGUAAUACUUGCUCUGAAACAGUUCUAUUUAAUAAAUUAGACCAAGCUUUUACUUUC